GUAAACAUGGAUAUAUUUAGGGAGGUAAACUUACAAUAGAUUUUCUUGAUUUCUGUUUUUGUUUUCUUGCUCAAUGCAAUGAGGGGGAGGGUGCGCUUAGGUCCAAACCUGAUAUGGAUAGUAUUACUGUUGGGGGUGCUACAUGAAUGCAAAAGCUGUAUUGAGAAAGAAAGGAAAGGUUUGUUGGAGCUCAAGAAAUACAUGAUCUCAAUAUGUUAUGAAGAGGACUCCGACUUUGUUUUCCCAUCCUGGACUAAUGACACCAAGAGCGAUUGCUGUACGUGGAAGGGCAUUGAGUGCAAUCGUACAAGCGGGCGGGUGACUGGGAUUGCCUUUGGUAGACUGUUUCUCAUAAAAAGUUCUCCUUUAAAUCUUUCUUUGAUGCAUCCCAUUGAUGAAAUUCGAACGAUGCUAUUUUCGUAUACUUCUUAACAAGAAUUUUAUAUUGCAGGUUAUAAAAGCCUAAAGCGAUUAAGAAACCUGGAGAUUCUGGAUUUAUCUUUUAAUGAAUUCAACAACAGCAUCUUUCCCUUUAUUAAUGCCGCUACAUCACUUACAACUCUUUUCCUUCGAAAUAACUACAUGGAUGGCAUUUUUCCUUCUAAAGAACUUAAAAACUUGACAAACUUGGAACUGCUGGAUCUGAGUCGUAACGGAUAUAACGGUUCCAUGCAAGAGUUUACUCACCUGAAAAAACUAAAAGCUCUGGAUCUAAGUGGCAGUGAUUUUUCUAGUUCAAUUGAAUUGCAAGAACUGAAGCAUUUAACUAACUUGGAAGUCCUGGGUCUUGCUUCGAACUAUUUGGGCGAUCUGUGUCCAAUAGAAGUUUUUUGUGAAAUGAAGAACCUGCAGGAGCUCGAUCUCAGUGGAAAUUAUUUCGGAGGUCAGCUUCCUCUGUGUUUAGGUAACCUGAACAAGCUACGGGUUCUUGAUCUCUCAUUAAACGAAUUAAGUGGGAAUAUACCAUCUAGUUUCAGUAGCCUCCAGUCCCUCGAAUAUCUAUCAUUGUCAGAUAAUAACUUCGAAAGCUUCUUCUCACUCAAUCCACUCGCCAACCUCACAAAGCUCAAGGUGUUCAGACUUUCAUCAACGUCUGAUAUGAUACAAGUAGAGACAGAGAGCACCUGGCUGCCUAAAUUUCAACUGACAGUUGCUGCACUACCGUUUUGCAUCUUGGAAAAAAUCCCUAAUUUUCUCAUCUACCAGAAAAAUUUGCGUAUGGUUGAUCUAUCCAGCAAUAGAUUAUCCGGAGACAUUCCUACAUGGCUGUUGGAGAAUAAUCCAGAGCUUAAAGUCUUACAGUUGAAGAAUAAUUCAUUCACUAUCUUUCAGAUUCCUACAAUAGUGCAUAAGUUGCAGGUCUUGGAUUUAUCAGCAAAUGAUAUCACCGGAGUGCUCCCUGAUAAUAUUGGCCAUGUCCUUCCGAGGCUGUUACACAUGAAUGGCUCUGAUAAUGGGUUUCAAGGGAAUCUUCCAUUGUCCAUGGGUGAGAUGAAGAACAUUUCAUUCCUGGACUUGUCUUAUAAUAAUUUAUCUGGAGAGCUACCUAGAAGCUUAUUCACAGGUUGUUUUUCACUAACAAUUUUGCAGCUCUCUCACAACAGAUUUAGUGGCCAAAUUCUUCCGAUACAAACCAGCCUAACUUUGUUGAUCGUUUUGAGGAUGAAUAACAACUUAUUCACAGGGGAGAUCGGAGUUGGUUUGCUUACCUUGGUUAAUUUGUCAAUAUUUGACGCAUCAAACAAUCGUCUCACAGGUGCUAUCCCAAGUUCGAUGCCGGACUCAUCUCAUUUAAUUUUGUUAUUGCUAUCAAACAAUCUAUUGGAAGGUACGCUGCCACCUUCUCUGCUGGCCAUUCAUCAUCUUAACUUUCUGGACCUCUCUGGAAACCUAUUAUCUGGAGACUUGCCGUCGUCAGAUGUUAAUUCUAUGUACGGGUUAAAGUUGUUCCUACAUAACAACAGCUUCAGGGGACCACUUCCGGGCACUUUGCUGGAAAAAACUAAGAUACUUGAUCUGCGGAAUAAUAAACUGUCUGGAAGUAUCCCACAGUUCGUCAGUACCAUGAACAUGAGGAUUUUUUUGUUGAGGGGGAACAAUUUAACAGGAUCUAUUCCAAAGAAGCUGUGUGAUAUGACCAGCAUCAGACUUUUAGAUCUUUCGAACAACAAGCUCAAUGGCGUCAUGCCUUCAUGCCUUUAUAAUUUAUCAACUAAACUGGGAGAAGAGGAACCAAUGAGUGGCUUCUCUGUGGGAAUUGAUUUUGGAGAUAGCCUUGAGAUGGAAUUUUACAAAUCCACAUUUUUGGUAGAUAACUUCAUGCUAUACUAUGAUUCUAUAUCUCUGAAUGUCGAAAUCGAAUUUGCAGCAAAGCAAAGAUAUGACUCUUACAGCGGAGGAACACUUGAUUAUAUGUAUGGGUUGGAUCUGUCAAGCAAUGAAUUAAGUGGUGCUAUCCCUGCAGAGCUUGGAGAUCUCUCGAAACUAAGAUCCCUGAAUCUAUCUCGCAAUUUCUUGUCGAGUCGUAUACCGGGUAGUUUCUCCAAACUGAAGGACAUUGAGAGCCUUGAUCUUUCUUAUAACAGGUUACAUGGAAGAAUUCCGCACCAACUAACCAACCUCUCUUCCCUUGCUGUCUUCAACGUCUCUUACAACAAUUUAUCAGGCAUCAUUCCUCAAGGAGGACAAUUCAACACCUUCAACGAGAACAGCUACUUAGGAAAUCCUCUUCUCUGUGGAUCACCGACCGAUAGAAGUUGUGAAGCUAAGAAGAACACAAAGGAAGUAGAUAAUGGAGGAGAAGAAAGAGAAGAUGAUGAAGCUACUAUUGACAUGUUGGUCUUUUAUUGGACUACUGGUUCAACUUAUGUGAUUGCGUUGAUAGGCAUUCUUGUACUUAUGUGCUUCGAUUGUCCUUGGCGUCGAACAUGGCUUCACGCUGUCGAUGCUUUCAUCACCUCUACAAAAAGUAUGUUUUCUUGA